AUGUUCGGUGGACAAGGUGAUAUUCGAGAACAAGCUAAGUCUAAAUGUCAACGUGACGUUCGAUACGGCUUGAAUCUGCUUGGUUGCCUAGAAAGAUACUUCCAAACAUGGACAACCACCGAAAGUUGCAUAAGAUGUUCCAAAAAGCAACUUCCAGCAAGAGCUUAUCUUUGGAAUAUGCCUUCCAUUCUAAUCAUCCACUUGGGACGAUCGAAGUAA